AACACAAAUGUCUCUCUCUAUUCAAGGGUUUUGUGUAAAUCGCCCAUUAACACCUCUGUGAACGAGAACCCUCAAUAGACACACCGUGUAUAAAGCAAACGAUUCCUCAACAGGCCUUCAUUAAGUUACUCUGGUCUCUGCAAUUCAGUUACCGUCAGAGCUGAGGAGAUGCCAUCGUGUGAUUUCUGCGGAUACGGGCCGGAUGAGAAUAUCGACGAUGUCUCAUUUUACAAAUUCCCAUUACAAGAAGCGCAUCGCCGCCAUUGGAUAGUGAAUAUGGGGAGGGACGCUGAAUGGACGCCAUCUGAAUCCUCGUCUUUGUGCUCCGCUCAUUUCACUCCGGAUUGUUUUGAAUCUGGAUCUGAGCGUUUACACUCAGACGCCAUUCCGACUGUAUUUAAUUUUACACAGACAACGAAUCAGGUUCUAGGGGACACUGAAAAUAUCCUUCCACAGCAAGGAGCACCUGGAUCAUUCGACUCAUCCAGAUCACCCUGCUGUGACUGUUUUAAACAUCUGCAGGCAACAGAAAAAAAUUACCAGCUGAAAUUAGCUGCUGCUCAGCUUCAGAUAAAAGAGUACAAAAAGAAUCUAGCGGAAGAGUCACGGAAAGCAACGCAAUGGCAAAAGAGAGUAAUAGUUUUGCAGAGUGCAAUCAGAGCAAUGAAACAAAGGGGGUCAAUACCUGCAACAAGAAAAACUUCUACACCUAAAACUAAUCAUUUGGACUGAAACGCAUUUGGACUUUGAGGAUUACACAGAGAAACAAAUUAUAUGUUGGUUUAGUUGCAACUGUAAUAGAAUCAGUUUUCUUCAUUCAAACAAUGUUACUGAUACUGAAGCAUCUUUUGAAUAACUUUAUACACGUCAGUACAGUAUAAUACAUUUGAUAUGUAUAUAAAAUAUUCUUACCAAUUAAAAAAUACAUGUACUAUUCCAUUUCAUAUAAGCACAAACAACAG